AUGCCCUUGGGAUGGAGUUUCGAUCGCUCCCUGAUUAAGCCCUUCGAGAAUGAGGACGACGAAUGGUUUGACCAGUACCCUACUCAAGCAUGCUACGACAAUGCCCUUGGCAGCUCCUUUCGUGUUGCCCAUGCUCGGAACCUACGCCUCUACGAAGGUAAUCGUAACCCACUAGAACUAGCUCGAGAGUAUAAGCCCUUACG